UACCAAAUCUGUUUACAUGGCUAAUUUGCCUUAGCAACCACGAUCGGGGCCUGCAGGCUGUACGUGUGGAAGGUUAAACGUCCUCCACCUGCCGCCAGCCAACUGUCAGCAAACAAUGGCCCAUCUGCAUACACUUCGACGAAAGCCCUCCCCUGUUGCCCCAAGGCUGCCUUUUAAAGCCCCCCUUUUCAUAAUCUCCUUGUUCAACAAUACCGGCAGCCUCGUGUACGCGUGCUACAGUAGGAGCAGCUUUGAGGGACCCGGGGACUCCUCCGGCCGGCAUCUAAGAGCCUUCUAAUCUCGACAGGUAGCUUGUCAAUAAAAGUGGUACAAACGUGUUCUGCCUGCUCUUGACAGAGAUGGCACUAGUUGAAGACAUGGAGUGCGGUGUGUGUUAUCUGCCCUACUCACGCUCAGGACGAGAGCCUCGUCUCUUGCACUGUGGACACACUUUUUGCACUCCCUGCCUCUGCUGUGUGUCCCAAGAGCGGAAAGGAGCCCUUACCCUUACCUGCCCCCUCUGUCGCCGAGUGACCUGCAUUGGGCAAGAACUGGCAUUACAGGAGGCCCUGUGGGUCGAUACGGAAGUGUGGAAUCAGAUUCCCGAGAUGGAGGUGGAGGAAGAGGAUGAGGAAGGAAAAGAAAUUACAGCAGAAGCGCUAACAGAAGACCCAUCUGAAUGUAACUCUGUAGCUGUUCGGCCAAAGCUGAAAAUUCCAUCAUUCUUGAAGAAACUUUGGUUUCGACGAAGCAGACGAAAUAGCAGAGAAGCUACAGUGAGAUGAUCAGAAUGUCUUGUCAGUGGAUGGAUCUACAGUUUGAAGAUGGACCAACGCUCACUGUCUGUUCAAACAGGAGAGAAAAGCAGACAUUAGCUAUAAUGUAUGUGUAAUGAUGCCCCUUAUAGGAUCCCAGAAGCAUUUCCAAGCAUCAGCAGUGUUCUGUCCUGUAGUCACAAUCUCCAGAUAGCUGCCAUCUUCCUAACUUAAAGUUGUCUCAUGUCAGCUUGUUGUGACUCUUCUGCACCAAUCCCGGACUUUCCCAUGAUCCUGAGAAGCAGAGAAUUGGAACUGAACAUUUAGCAGCAAAAUGGACACACGUUUGCCAUUGUAGAGGAAGACUGUGGACCCCAGAGCCUACUUCCAUACAACUCCAGACAAGGCAAAGCUUCAGUUGGGUAAUUAAUGAAACCAUCAAGUAGCAUUUUAAAGUUUUAUUAUUUAUUUGGAUUUAUAUAUUAUUAAGCGAACUGUCAUUUUUUUUAAUAAGAAGAAAUUAAUCCUUAAUAUUAUAACAAGCCUGUGGACAUCUCAAGUAAUGUGGAUGAAUGGACAGCUGCAAGUUCAUCUUUCAAACAUUGCGAGUCUGCACUGGGUGUUUAAAUGUGAUCCUUCAAACCAGUGUGUGUGUGUGAAUAUAUAUCUGUACAUGCUGAAUGGAGCUCAUUUGGAACCCGAGAUCCUUUACUAUGAUGGAUAUUUUGAAAUUAAUAAUUAACAUUAAGCCAGCUGGAUUCCUCUUCAUUUUUUUUAUAUAGUGCCUUUCAUAGUGAACCAUGUCAUGGUAAUAUUUAAAGCAGUUUCAAAUAAAAACAUUCAUGAUA